CGCAAAACUAGUCGUACGGUACGUACCACGUACGCGUACGGCUGCUGUCGCGGGUAAAUUUGAAUGUUACAAAUAAAUGAAAUAGGCCUACAAUUUUACAACAGCUGAAAUUUAUCAAGCCUGGCUUGGAAGGAGUUUACAGAUGGAGCAGAGACAACUUCAUUUGAGCACAGUGCAGGAAAUGGGAUACUACCAUCAGGGACUUCUUACUAUCACUGCACAUCCAAUCGAAGAUGCCCAAUAAUCUUAACAAAUCAGAGCUGUUUUCAUCCUUUCCUGGGGAAUUCCUUCAGAGAGGCAGUUCGAAGUCUGACUAUACAUCUGAUUCCGCAUUUAAUUCCAGCCAAAGCUUUUCAAGCAGCGCAACAAACUCUCAAGUUAUGGGAUCUCAGAUGGAGAAUUCACAAUCUAGCUCCUUUGAUCUCUUUUCUCAAAUGAUGUCUCAACAACAGGGUUACUCACAACAAAAUGAGAGCACAUCUUCAAACUUCUACAUGAAAUAUAUGUCAAAGCCUCCACUCUUUCAGAAAGAUGGUGCAUCAAAGAAAACUACAUGUACACUUCCAAGGAGAAAGAGUUUCCAAGGAAUGCAAGAGUUUUACAGAGAAAAGGCCAAAGAUAGAGAUGAUAGAGAUCUGAUUAAUACUUUCAUAGCCAUAGUGAAAGAUUGUGCUGAUGAAGUGAAGCAUGCUGCAUCAUCCAUAAAGAAAGAUAUUGAUUCAAACAUCACAGAAACAACAUCCCGCACAGCCGAAGUCAUGAACAAAAUUGCAAAUGAGCUGGCUCUUCAUCAUAAACAGCUUCUCAAUAGCUUAAAGACAAGAGAGGAUCAUGAAGCAAAAGUAAAAGACUUGAUGGAAACCAUUGCUUCUAAAGAUGCCAAAAUUCAGCUCCUUGAAUCCCAGCUGGAAACAGCCAAGUCUGAUAGAAAUGAGCACCUCCUGAAAGCUAUGCUUGACAUGUACAAAGAACAACAAAGUGUUACAAAACAACAUCUUGAUAAGGUUCAUGAAGAACAACAGAACAUAAAAAACCAGCAGAGUAUGCUUCUCAAAGAAACAGAGAAAAGCCAUGCCACCCUCAACAGGAUGACUUCAGCUGCACAUGCGAGAGGAGAUGAAUCAAAGAGAAUGUUUCAGAUUGAAAGAGAAAUAAAUCACUCAACAUCUUCAUCAGUACCUCCAAUAUCAGUUGGGACAACAUUCAACAAGUGCAGAUAUUUGCCUGGGAUAGCUGAGAGUGAUGGCAUUGAGCGGUCAAAAAUUACACCUCUGCAAACAAACACUGAUUCUUGUCAAGUGACAAGUCAACUCCAUGUCAACCAAAUGAGUGUACCCAAUCCUACCCAGGGGCAGUUACAGAGUUUAUAUCCUAGUUCUAGCCAAUGCGGAGUGUCAGAUGAUGUCGUGCCCAGAGCUGAGCGAAAGAGGAUGCCUCUGAAUACUUCUUCACAACUAUUCCAGAAUCCACCUGUUAGUUAUCAAAACUAUCACCAAGAUCUAUCAAAUGGUAUGUAUGCUAUUGAACCUGUAGUGAGACCAGAAAGUCUGUAUCAACCACAAGGAUCAGCCCAUCCUGCUCUACCUCAAUAUAGAAAGCAAGCAGGAAGCACCAGGAAUCAUUUGCAAGAUAACCAAAAUCUUUCCACUUCAACCAAUUAUCCAACAGGCAAGAAGACAUCUUGUUACAACCAUUUCAACAACAAGUUCAGUAGCCCUAAUUACACCAGUAGUAAUCAACUAUGGUCAAAGAAGAAUUUGAAGCCAUCCCCUGUUGCAACCAUUGCCCCUCAAGCCCAUUGCAUUAAAACCUAUGACGAUGGAUCACAGGAUACCCAGGUAAUUUCAACAAGAAAGCAGAGCUCUCAAAAAAGACAUGGGAAGGGAGCAGCAGAAUGGCAUCAACCACAGAGGAAGUCGGCUCGUUUAUCUGCAAGGAAUAGCCCUGAAAAUGCAAAUGGCUUUUGUUCCCUGAAGGAAGAAAGGGGAGAGGAGGAUAGACCAUCUAGAAGAAAGAGUAAACCAAGAAAAAAAGGAAGGUCUCAUUAUGUUGCCCAAUCAGAAAAAGAAAAUGAAAGUCGAUUAGAUGAGUCUCAAAGUGUGGACGAAAUGAUACCCACUUACAUGGAGCAGAAAUUCCCUUCUGCCAAAAGGGGGGCAUUCCAAAACCACAUAUCUAUGAAGAAACUACCAACCCAAAUAAAGCAAGAUAAAACUUGUUCAACAAUUCCAAGUACAAGUACCAGAAGUAUUUCUGAUAUCCGAACUAUUGAAAACAACUCUUCUGACGAAGAUGAUGAAUACACAUUUCAUGAUGAUCAUCAGAAUCCACCAGCCACAACUUUUAAGGCAGUCCAUACUGUCAAGCGUAGUACUUCUUGUGGAGAUAAAGUCAAGCAUGAACAACAAGAAGUUUUCACAAAAAGAUCUGUUAUCACAUACUCCACACCCAAGGGAAUGAAAGAGAAAUGCACCUCUGCUCAAGGAUCAACAUGCAACAUGGGACAAAUGAAUAAUUCUACAUUGGGAAGACAAAAUAUCAAAGACAAAUGUUGGCAAGGAAGAGGAGUAUCUGCACAGUGUAACAAUCCAGAUGCUGACAUUUUGGACACAAUCAAGACAUACACUCAGAGUGAAGAAGAAGAAAGUUCUCAAGAAAUCCAGUUUUCCUUGAUACUACCUGAUCACCUUGAGUUGCAGCAAAAUAAUAAUCUUGUCCCAGCUGACUGGUCAUCUGUGAUGUCACCAUCAGUUAACAGUUGCCACUCUGAGCAGGUUGUUCCUGACAAACUUCUAACCAAACGGCCAUCAAAGAACUUGACAUCUACUCGUAAACGAAGAAUGAUAUAUGGAUCAAAGGAUGAUCUUAGGAAAUCAAUGGCUCAACUCAUCACCCCUAUCUAGCUGAAGAAAUGGUAAUAGACUUUCUCCUUCUUUGUUUCUAUAGUCAAAAUACAAAUAUUGUUUGUUUUUAGUGAUAAAUAGAGUUUUUUUAUGAACAUUCAAAUUUUCAGUAGAAAACUUUGAUUUUUAAUACAGAAAUAUCAUAACAUCUCAGCAACACUUGUAGAAGACAUGUAAUCUGAUUAAUAUUUUGCAACAGCUUGAAUACUGUUUAUGCUACAAGAUCUCAUUCAUUUAUUUGUUAUUUUUUUCAUUGAAGUUUCAUUGUAGUAGUUGUUUAUUAUAUUUCAUACUUCCCCACGAUUCUAGCAAAUCUUUUCAAUCAAAAUUUAUUAUUUUGAUGCUGUGCGUUUGCUGCAGUUAGCUUUUUUUUAUUUUCAAAAUUGGUAAAUAUAUUCUACUAAUGUGUAGAUUGUAAUAUCCAUGGAAACUAAGUUAGUGUAUGAAUUUGUUCAAAUUAGUGAAUUUGUUUACCAUAUAUGUGCAUAUUUGUUGGAUUGUUUAUCCGAAUAAUUCUCAUGUGCAUGAAGAGACAGCAAAGAAAAAACAUAAGAAUAAGAAUGAAUCCAGAGAAAGAAAUAAAUAUCAUUAACAAUAUUGCCAGUGUAAGCUUUAGAAAUAACUUAAAGGAGAAUGAAACCUUUGGAACAAGAUCGCUUGUGUGAAAACAGAAAAACCAAAGAAACAGAUCAAC